CACUGCCUGCAUGACACAGAAAGCAGUCUGCAAUGAUACAAUGACUGUGUAGUCUGUCAUCGUGCUAGUGUUUGCUGCAGUCGGCUGUGUUGGCCAGACUUGUGUGUAGGAGUUGGCUGGAUAUCUAUGGCUCCAUAGAUAGAUGAUCUACUAGUGUACAGCCCGGUUCCUGUUCGGUGCAUGAUGAUAAUUGUGACUGUCAGGUUGGGUACUCGGAACACUUCCUGUUAAAUGUCCUGGUAAAUAGUGGCUGGCAGGACUUAUGAUAGUGGCUGGAAGAUGUGCUGUCAUUGCAUGUACAUCGCUCCACCUAUAUUGCACUGAUUUUGGUUUUGGUUGUCUUCUUCUUUAAAUGCAACAUUGUGGAAAUUUCGAGCUGCAUGUAUCACCAUGAUUGCUUAUCCAGUUAUAGAGGUGUGACGUCUGCAAAAUGAGUGUACCUCACCGCAUCCUGAUUGGGAAUGAAUCGGGAAGUACGAAAGGCAAGAUGGAUAGUGACAGCAGCAAUGAAUGCAUCUCCAGCCAGCAGACCCCAUAUUGUGAUGUUAUUAGUCAAGGCAGUCAGGAUUCCCUGGACAGACGGUCCAGUCUACCCCGGAUGAAGAGCUAUGAUGCCGUCCUCUUUGACAUACUACGGGUUGCACCCGAAGACUUUGCUAGUCAGAUUACUCUCCUUGAUCUACCGGUGUUCCAGGCCAUUCAGCCCGAUGAACUGACGUCGUGUGCAUGGACAACCAAAGAGAAAUUGAUAAAAGCACCUAAUGUUGUAGCCUUUACAAGACGAUUCAACCAUGUGAACUUUUGGGUUCAAAAAGAGAUUUUGAAUUGUCAAACCCUGAAAACAAGACCUGAAGUAAUGUCCCAUUUUAUUAGAAUAGCAAAGAAACUGCUUGACCUCAACAACUUACACGCGGUCAUGGCCAUUGUCUCAGCACUUCAAAGUGCAGCAAUAUUCAGACUAACAAAAACAUGGACGAAUCUCUCAAGAAAAGACAAGUAUUUGUAUGAGAAAAUGGCCCACUUGUUUUCGGAGAAAAACAAUCGUCAGAAUUUACGGGACUACAUGAAUAGUGUCAAGUUACCAUGUAUUCCCUAUCUCGGUUUGUAUCUGACUGAUUUGAUUUACGUCGACGUGGCGCACCCUCACUCGGGCGGAAUGGAAAGUCAUCAGAGAACGUUGCGGAUGAAUAACAUACUCCGAGUCAUCGCAGAUUUACAGCAUUCUCAGUAUGAUAACCUGGUGAUAUUAGAACACAUCCAGAAGUUCCUGAUGUCGGUGAGAUACAUUGAGGAGCUGCAGAAAUUUAUAGAAGAUGAUAACUACAAGUUGUCUCUCAAACUGGAGCCGAACACUCCCCCAUCCACAACAUCGCGAGAAGAUGUCCAGAUGAUGCCACCACCGUCCCCGUCGACAGAACCAAGAAACGCACACAUGCCAGGACAAUCUAAAUUUCCCACACACAGAAAAACAGCCAGUUUAAGUGCCAACUUCAUGAGUCAUGCCCAUACGAAGGUGGAUAGAACGAACAGUCUUCCGUCAAAAACAACUGCUCCUUAUGUGCAUGGUGUCCGCCAUUUGUUAGACGACAGCGUGCUGGUGGAGUCGCCUUCUUCGUCCAUGGAGGACACAGCUUCGGUGGAAGCAAACGAACUGUCCAGUUUUAUGAAUGAUCAUGAAUCAUUCUGGCCUACAAUAAAUUGCCUUCAAUCAAGAGAUUCGGACCAACCUAGUAAAAAACUGGAGCGAAGUUACACUUGUGAAGGUUAUCUAAAGAAGAAGACAUUGCUCAGAAAUAACAAGAAGCCAACAAUGGCCCCCUGGAAACGCUACUGGUUUGCUCUGUGGGAUACAAACCUGAUUUUAUAUCCUGCCAAAAAGAGAGGUUCCGAACGCUCAUCGUUUAAAAGUACCCCAAGCAAAGUGAUGUCCAUUGCAUCGUGGAUCGUUGUCAUGGGAGACGACCCUCAUCAGCCUGAUGCGUUCCAGCUCACGGACACUGGGAGAGGAAAUGUUUACAAGUUCCGAGCAGGUACGCAAGAACAGGCGUUACUGUGGUGUCGUCACUUGAGCGAGGCAACCAAAGGACACAGUAAUAGUCACAGAGCUUCAAUAAAUCUGAUGUCAUUUGACUGAACUGGUGAUUUCAAUGAACAAACGCUCUUGCUCAAUUUAAAACAGUUGUUGAAAUAUGUGGCCGACGGCCCUUUUUAACGACAACUCGUGAAUCAUCACUUUUAUCAAUGACUGGUGAAUCAGCUGGCCUGAAUCUCUCACCACAGCCCGACGGCAUGAUGAGGCCGAUGUUAGGUCAAGGUUACGACUUGUCUCUGCAAACCCUCUUACUGUGCUAAUGAAAUUCUGUCAAGAAAACAUCUUUCAAGCCAUUCCUAGCUCCUUCCACGAACUUUGAAGUAAGAGGAUUUAGUCUUCAUUCCAUCGUUUGAGCUUCUGUGACCGACAUAACUUUGACCUAUGGGUUGUCCCUGGUGAGAACCACAAGUGAGAAGUGCUUCCCAGCUGGAGAAGAUUUGUAAAGACAUUAUCUGAUUGGGAGAAUUGUUAAGCCGAUACCUGCUUGUGGAGAUCUGUAAAUCAACAUGGAGAACUGUAAAGCCAUUCUCAGUUUGUGGACAACUGUAAAGCUAUUCUCAGCUUGAGAAGAACUGUAAAGUCAUUCCCUGAUUGGGAGAACUGUAAAGUCAUUCCCUGUUUGGGAGAACUGUUAAGCUGUUACCUGCUUGUGGAUAACAGUAAAGCUAUUCCCAGCUUAUGGAAAGCUGUAAAGCAAAUCUCAGCUUGUGGACAACUGUAAUGCAAUUCCCAGCUUGUGGAGAAAUGUAAAGCUAUUCUCAGCUUGUGGAGAACUGAAAAGCAAUUCCCAUCUUGUUGAGAACUAUAAAGCCAUUCACAGCUUGUUGAGAACUAUAAAGCUUGAUAAGAACUGUAAAGCUAUUCUCAGCUUGUCGAGAACUAUAAAGCUGUUCUCAGUUUGUGAAGAACUAUAAAGCUGUUCUCAGUUUGUUAAGAAUAGCAAAGCCAUUCCCUGCUUGGGAAGACCAUCAAGCCAGUACACGCUCAGCAUACAACACCUAGCCAGUGUCGUCCUGUCCAUGCAACACUCAACUAUUCAUCAUUUAUGCAGUUGUGCUUCCAAAUGUUCCGGGUCCUAUGCAAUGAGGUUGACAGUGCCUGUUCUACUGGUUGUGGUCCACCGUGCGAAUGUGUUACGUUAACGGACAAGAUGUGGACAGCAUUUACGGACUACGUAGAGUGGUCGAGACGCUAUAACUAGUGUAAACAUUCUGUGCUCAAACCACAGAUUCUAGUGCAAUGCAUUCGUUUGUAAUCUUGUCAGCGUAGUGCACACAGUCUGUGAUAUAUCUUUUUUUUCCCCAACAUCUUUCGUACUGGAAUGUAAAUUUUCAUGAUGUAAAACUUUUCUAUGUCAUGAUGUAAAACUUUUCUAAGUCAUUAGGGCUAGCUAUGAGUGAGCAAAACAUUUCGCUAAAUUAUCUCAAAAAAUGCAAAACUAGUUAUUUUCUAACAAAUAACAAUUAUUACAUUACGGUCUUUGUCGCCAGAUUUAAAAUAAAAUUUGCCAAUUGUUCCUAAACUUAGCAAUUGGCGAGUGGCACACCUAGCCCUGGUCAUGUUGUAAAGGUUUUGUAUGUCACGAUGUAAACGUUUGAUGUAAACAUUUCAUACAUCAUUAUGUAAACAUUUCAUACAUCAUGAUGUUUUAUGUCAUGAUGUAAAUGUAAAUGUUUCAUACAUCAUGAUGUAAACGUUUCACAUCAUGAUGUAAACAUUUUGUAUGUCAUGAUGUAAAUUUUUCGUACAUCAGGAUGUAAACGUUUCCUGUGUUAUAAUGUAAAAGCUUCAUACAUCUUGAUGUAAACAUUUCGUACGUCAUGUGGAAAGGAAUUUGCCGAUUGAGAUUUACUUCAGAAAGAAGUAUCAUCUGGAUUUUACUUACUUUGCAUCCUUUCAUGGUCGGCCUGAUGUCAACAUGUACCAGUUGAUGACACAAUCAUGUUUAUCAAUACUCACAGCAAAAUAUAGGGUUCAACACUUAACAGAUGAUCAAGCUUCUUCAAAAUUAGUUCAUGUAACAAGAAUGCAGGGUAUUCAUUAUUUUAAAUACUAACCGGUAGUAGUAAGUAGGGAGGGAUCGAACACAAGUAUAGUAUUGUCAGUUUUUCAUUGUGAAUAGGUUUGAAUGUCGUUUAAAUUUUUUUCUUUAAAUUCCAUUUUGACCUAUACUGUUGUAGUCUGUUUAAUUGCAUUAUAUAAUGCAACCCACAUAUUAAUGACUUGAGAAAAAUUGAGAUAUGUUUGCCCCGCCCUCCCCCUCAAUCCCAUUCCUCCCAAAAAAACCAGUGCUUCCUGUCAGAAUUUGCCCAAAUCUAAUACACGUUUUAGGCAUUCCUGUCCCAUGUGGUUACAUGAGGAUUUCCAGUAACAAUAUUAAUUAUAAACUGCAGACAUUUGCACACAGAUGAUAUGAUUAUGUGAUGGUUAAUAUAUUUUUUUAAUAAUAAAAAAUCUAGAAUAUUUAAUGUAGGCAGAUACUUCAAUCUGUAAAAAUACUAUACAUGUGAAAUCAGUAUUUUAUAGUGGGUACUAAUCUGGGAUUAAAAACAGAAGGGACCUUUUCCUUGGCUUGCCAGAAAAAAGGGCAAAUUUAAUCAUCACAAAUUAAUUUUAUUAAACUUUGAGACAUUGUUGACGAUAACUGGGAAGGGGGAUGGGAUGUACAAUACCCAAUAUUUACCAACACUGAUAAUUUGGUAUUAGCAUCACCUAUUAAGAUCAGUUUUAAUACAAUUCGUUGGUGGUAACAAUAGCAGAGUUUCACUGUGAAUGUAGCUAUAAUAAUCAUAUUUUCAUCAUGCAUUUACAAAACAAAAUGGGACUACAUGUCAAAAUCGUACAUGUUAAUAUUUUCUACACUGUUUAAACUACCGGUACACCAAACUAUUAAUUUAUCAAAGAAUGAUGCAUUAAAGAAAAAAUGCAGGUUUUCUUGUUGCCUUCAGCCAACACAGAAUGUGAAAAUAAUGUUCAACUAUUUUCUAUUAUGCAUAUACUUUGUACAUAAUUUGUGUACAUGUAUGUAGAAAUGAAAAAAAUAUAUAGGGUUUUUUUUAAUCACUCUUUAUUAAUAAAUUAAAAUUUGUAAUAAAAAAAAAACAUUUUAACAAGUUUUUAUUGUCUGGAUCAUAAAGCUACAUUUAGCUGGUCAUGUUGAGUGUGGUAUUUUAUUGAAUUGUACACAGUGUACCUGUAGUGACUGUUGUCACUGCAACUCAUUGGCCGUUACUUUGGCAGUCACACCGACUGGCUUGAGUUUUUAAACAUUCAUCUAUAUUUGACUCACCCCAGCCCUCACUUCCACCCUCACCCCUCCAAGAAAAAGUAAUGCCUUAAAAUAUUGUUGUGCCUUUGUUUUGCCUACCUGCUGCUGCUUUUACCUGGACUGUCGUGAAAGAGGAGUUGGGUAUUCAACACAAAUACAGAACAUACAUGGUUUUCACCUCCUAUUUAUUGCACAAGUUUAUUUUGUGGAAAAUAACUGAGUGCAAUAAAUAGAAAGCGAAAACGUAUUUGAAGUUCUGUAUUUAUUACAUACCUUGUUUUUAUGUUUUAUAAAAACAUUGUUAAAUCUAUGAUCAAAACUCCUUUCAUGGAUUUACUUAACGUUGAGAAUCUUACUCUCCAGCAGCCUGAUGUAAUUUGUAAAUCACAUAUGACAUCGGUAAAUAAAAGGCGCUAUCUGCAGUAAAGAAGAAAAAGGGAAUUUCCCAUUUAAAAGUUCCAGUCCAGAUUGCACAUAUGUGCGAUACAAAAUAAAUUGAUCACACAAUUUCAAAAUGUCUAUCACUAUAGUAAGAUUGAAUAGGUAUGUAAUAAAUCACAAUAUUGAGUUUUGGGGUGGGUUUUUAAGCCAUUCAUUUUACUGGUUUUAUUGUACAUUAUUCUUGAUUAUUGUUUUAGUUUUAUCUUUUCCAUACUGUUUUUUUUUUCUUUUCUAUUUGUGAUAUUCUUUGUUCACAGUGUAUCUACAAAGCCAUUAAUUGCAUAAAAUUUGUAAAACUGGAACCAGGUUUUUGCUACUCUGUAUUGUUCAACAGUAUACAAUGUGGAUAUUUAUUUCAUCAUCAUUAUUCUUUCAGUUAAUAUCAUGUCCAUAGUAUUCCCUGCCAUCAUAUUUCAAAUUUAAGGAUGGCUAGGCCUUCUGUGAACAUGAAUAAUGUGAAUUUUAGUGUUUUGUAUCAAAAGUUUAUGAAGUUUAGAAACAUGUAUCAUUUAAUGUGUUUUCAUAUACCCAAAUGAUAUUAUAAAUUAUAUACUUAUUUACUGUAAUGUAUUGUGAAGAAGUUAUUAUGGCCACUGGCCCAGUAUUAAGAGUGUGUGCAUGUUAUACAUGUUAAACGGCAAGCACAUUUUUUAAAAACUAAAAGCUGAAUACUGUACAGAUAUGUAAAGUUUGUCACAAUUGUCAUAUACAUUAUUAAUGUAAAUGUAUGGGUUUUAAGGGACAUUCAGUUUUUUAUUACACUGCAUUGGCAGAAAUACUCAUGGGGUAUUUUCAUCUCUAAGUAAUUUGUUAGGUCAUAGGGGCCUAAGGGACAGGCCCUAAAGGGGAAAAUUAAGUCAAUUUUUAAAGCAAAAUUCUCUUACUUCCUGUUACUCUAUUCCUUUAACUUUUUCUCCACAACUACUGGACUACCCGGUAAUUCCCAGAUCAAAUUUUGUGGGAUGCUUCAUGGAUUUGAUAAUUGUGACCACCUUCAUGUGAGAGGUGUGUGUAGUAAAUGUAAAUGUCCAGUACACUGGACAAACAUAAAGACAUUGUCUUACCCAUUGUUGUUGUUGGAAUAAUAAUAGUAAACAUCUGUAAUGAGGUUAUUUUUGUCUGCCAUUAUAUGAAGAUCUAUACUGAUAGAAAAAAGAGAACAUGUGGUAUUCAAAGCCAAAUAUAUUUCACCACUGUAAUAGUUAUGCCUAUAUAACAUACAGAGAUGUAAUGUGGACUUGUUUUGUAUCAAUCAAACCACAGGAAUUAAGAAUUAAUUACAUUCAGUAUGCAAUGAAUAUGAACAAGCAACCAAUUGGCCUAUUUAAAUUCAUGGUUGUGACUUGAAUGGUGUAGAUAUAUUAAAAUUUAAGAGAUGUAGUAUGUACAUACAGGGGUAAUAUUUUGUCUUUAGUAUGUCACAGAAUUAAAGAAACAAAAUGUAUGUGUGCUGCAUUCCACUUUGUAAUAUUAAUAAGUCUUGCCAAACAUGCUUCCCUAUCAAUUUCCUAUUUUCUUAAUUUUUAAACAUGAUUAUGCAAGAUUUAAACCUGUGCAAUUGUAAUUAUAUAUGCUACUUCAUGUCAAAUGUUUCAAGCAUUAAAAAAGUAAUGUUUGAACAGA